AUGGCCAUCCCUCUGACGCGUCUUGGCGAGAGAGCCUUUAAUCACAGUCCCGGCAACGAUGCCGAAGCCGAGUAUGAUCGCCUGAGGGAUCUGGCCCGGCAGGAGGCCGCAAAGCGCAACGCAUGCUUUGACAAGCGCGAGUUGCGCCAAUGGAUCGAGCGAUUCUCUCGGCACACUUUUCUGUGCUUCUUGACUGACAUGCCGACCCCCUUCCACCAGGCGCACCAGGCCUACGAGCGCGGCGACGGCGCCGAGGCCAAGAACCUCUCCAACGAGGGCAAGCGCCACGACGCCGCCAUGGAUGACUACAACCGCCAGGCGUCCGAGUUCAUCUUCCGCGAGAACAACGCGCCCGGGCGCGUGGCCGGCGACACCAUCGACCUGCACGGCCAGUUCGUCGAGGAGGCCGAGCGCAUCGUCGAGGCGCGCAUCCGCGACGCCCGCGCCCGGGGGCAGACGCACCUGCACGUCAUCGUCGGCCGCGGCAACCACAGCACGGGCCACGUGCAGAAGAUCAAGCCGGCCGUCGAGCGCGUCUGCCGCGACCUGGGCCUGCAGUGCGCGACGGAGCAGAACGAGGGCCGCAUCUACGUCGACCUCCAGGGCGGCGCCGUCAGCGGCGCGCCGCCCCUGCCGCAGCAGCCCGCCGGGCACCAGGGCGGGUAUCAUGGUGGAUAUCCUGGGCAGGGCCAGCCGCAGCACCACCAGCAGCAGCAACAGCAGCAGCCGCAACAGCAGCAGGACGACAUCCUGGGCUUGCUUUGCGGCACUCAUCGUGCUGGCAAUUACAACGCGCUCGGGAGCGGUCGUGCCUUCUCGUUCGGCACACUCGCAACCAGUGUACAUUUGGAGAAUGGACUGUUGGCAAUUUGCCUCAAGGCUCCCUUGUCGCACUUCUACACUUCUCUAUCCCUGAUGACGACUCUCGUACCUCGCUAUCCUGGCGCUGUUGACUCUGGUACUAUUCUGCCAGCUUGCAUUCUUCCUGCACCAGGUGUGCAAAUCAAAGCCAACAUCACAGGGAGGUCCGACUUCAUCACAGAAACCUACUACAGAGGAGACAGAGGAGAGCAAAUCUCAGUCACCACACUCUCCUGGAACAGCCGACGGCGAUACGACUCCAAGUCGUGCGAGAAGCUUCUCUGUAGCAACGCAAACGAAACAUAUCAACCCGCGAAGGAUCUCAUUCGCACCCCCGAGCUCACUAGCGAAAACGCGAAGCGCUUCGGACGAGUUUCGGCCCCCUAUCCAUUCGCUCAAGUCUACAUUGAGACUAAAUGA